AUGCCGCCGCCGCCGGGUGACGGCGGGUUCCCCGUCAGACGAAGCCGCGCUUCUGUCGCGGAUGAGCAGCAGGAACAGUACAACGAUAGCCUGCCAUUCCCCGAAGGCCUGAGAGAUAGCGACUCCUCUGACGAUGACGGCCCCGGCGACGAUGCCCCCAGUCAAGGGCCUCCAUUAUACAUGAACAUGAACCAGAGUAUCUUUGGCCUUAUCGCAGCUGCCGGCGCCAAGGUCGACUUCACCCACCGGUUCGAAGAGUCCAGCAGCGAUGACGAUGACGACGCCGACGACAUCAAGGGUACUGGAACAGAGGACCUGUCCCAGACGACCAUUCUACAGCCACCGGGCCGAGGGCUGGACAAGAACAAGACGUCGAUAAAGAGAAGCUACAAGUUGCUCAGAUCACUUCCGUCCCUGCCAAAGAUCAAAUCUAAACCACGAGGAGUAAAACUCCCGACACCGCCCACCCUGGCUCCCCAAGUCAGCAACGCUCUCGGCCCUCCAGCAACUAUAAAGGAGGAGGAUGAAGACAGGCCUCCACCGGUCAUGAGCAGGAUGCUGGAAGCCCGAGCCCAGAUGUCUAGCCGGCCCAGCUUUGAUCUCGAUAGCCGUGAAGCUGCGGGAUCCAGCCCCCAAGAUGGCCCAACGCAGCUGGCCGAGCGCCUCAAGGAUAUCUUCGAUUUUGAAGAGCCUGAGCAAGUCGUCCAGGAGUACCCCUGCUGGCUGCUCCAAAGCGUCCUCCUGCAAGGGUUCCUGUACAUCACCGCCAAGCACAUCUGCUUUUACGCCUACCUGCCCAAAAAGACUACCGAGUCAACCAAAACUGGCUUCCUAUCUAAAACUGGCAAGAGGAACCCAAAGUACAAUAGAUACUGGUUCCGCCUCAAAGGCGACGUGCUGUCAUAUUACCACGACGCCACAAACCCGUACUUCCCUCACGGACAGAUCGACCUCACAUACGGAAUCUCGGUGAAUAUCACAGACAAGGAGAAAGAGGGCACGCACUUCGACAUCGUCACACGCCACCGCACCUACGCAUUCAGGGCUGAGAGCGCCCCGAGCGCCAAGGAGUGGGUGAAGUCGCUGCAGCGCGUCAUCUUCCGAAGCCACAACGAGGGUGAUACGGUCAAGAUCUCGCUCCCCAUUUCCAAUGUCGUCGAUGUGGAGGAGGCACACAUGGUCGAGUUUGCCCACACGUGCAAGAUUCGCGUUGUGGACAGCGAUGAGACUUUUGCCAUCGACGAGUACUUCUUCUCAUUUUUCUCCCAUGGCGUCGAAGCGAUAGAUAUUCUCAAACUCUCCGUCGAGGGAAACGGAUCGAAUAUACCUGCAGGCGACGGCGGCGACGGCAGCGGGUCUGCGAACGGGAAAUGGGACAGGCCACCGGCUGAAGAGCCAUUCUCUGGUGCGAACAGGGCCCGACGAACAUCAAGCGUAUCUGGUCGUGCCAAGACAUCAUUCGAUCCUACGUCGCCGACGUUGUCAAGCCCAGGGCCGGCGGUCAGCAGCACCCGCGAUUCGCGGCGUUCCAGCGAUGCCUCACAGCUGGGCGGCGUCCCCAACGACAUGACGCGCAGCAGAUUCCUCACCGGAGCCUUCAGCCCAGGCAGCCCGAGGUCUUCCAGUGCCCAUCAGACUGAUGACGAAAGGUUCCCGUCUCACCAGAAUGGCGAGGAGUCAGAGUCGUUCGUUCUCCAGUCAUCCAUCGAGGAUCCCAGCUUCUCCAACAUCGCCUCGUCUGCGGCCGACGACCCCUCGGCUAGCCAGCUCCUCAACGACAGCCAGGUCUUCCAGCAGACGAGCCCCGUGAGGGCGCAUCACGCCCUGUCCCCCGAUGACCCCAUCGGCCCUGCUCGGAAUAGCAGGACGCCGACGCCCGGGCUGGCUACCUACUCUGGGCGCCCCUGCUCGUCGGGAGGCCAGACCGGUGAGCAGUCAUCUGGGGCAAACCUGGAUCCGCAAGAGCAGCAGCAGCACCAGCAGCUCCACCUGCAGACUCUGCAGAACAUUGGCAGAAUGGGUUCCUACCCUCUCGAGCGAGCCGGCGCCCUUGCCGGCUACCUGAACAAGACACAGCAACAUAUGAGGUCGCUAAUCACGUCCGAGUCCAUGGGCUAUGUCGAGAAGGUUUCCGGAAUGUGGAAGGGGGCUCGCAAGCACUAUGACGACCCCGACGGUCUCAACCCCGAUGACGACUUGGGAAGGGAUCCUGAGGGAACCUUGCAGGUCUCCAGGGACCGCUUCCGAGCGCACUUUUCUCUACCCGAGGGAGAGAAAUUGCAGGCCACCUACUUUGGAUACAUAUUUCGUGUGCUCCCGCUUUACGGCAAGGUAUACAUCAGCGACCGUUCAUUUUGCUUCCGAAGCCUCCUACCUGGCACCCGCACGAAGCUCAUCCUGCCGCUCCAGGACAUUGAGACGGUUCACAAGGAGAAGGGCUUCCGUCUCGGGUACUCGGGCCUGGUUGUCGUCAUCAAGGGCCACGAGGAGCUCUUCUUCGAGUUUGGCCAGGCCGGCGAUCGCGACGACUGCACCGUAACUCUUCUCCGAAGCCUCGAGGCCACACGGUAUCUAAAGGAGGCCAAGGAGGUCAAUAGGAAGUUGCAGGGCCAGCCAGCCGAUGGCGAGGACACGGCCAGCACCGUUGAUGAGGAGCACGAUCCUCACAGACAGGCGGCGCAGAGCCAGAGCGAGCUUCUCGAGUCGUCCAUUCCCGACAUGCACGGCACCGGGCGCCGGGCAACGGGCCUGUCCGCCGUCCCGACUAUCCUCGACCCGGACACGUCGCUUCUCAACUUCAAACCCAAGAAAUCUAUGAGGAUUACGUGUCUCACCAUUGGUUCCAGAGGUGACGUGCAGCCGUACAUUGCCCUCUGCAAGGGGCUGAGGGCUGAGGGCCACAAGCCUCGCAUCGCCACGCAUGCCGAGUUUCAGGGAUGGAUCGAGUCGCACGGAAUUGAGUUUGCCCGCGUCGAGGGCGACCCCGCCGACCUCAUGUGCCUCUGCAUAGAGCAUGGCACAUUUACCUGGGCUUUUCUACGCGAGGCCAACUCUUCGUUCCGGGGCUGGCUUGACGGGCUCCUUCUCUCGGCUGUUGAGGCCUGCGAGGGCAGCGAUAUGCUCAUCGAGUCCCCCUCGGCCAUGGCUGGCAUUCACAUUGCCGAGAAGAUGGGCAUCCCCUACUUCAGGGCCUUCACGAUGCCCUGGACGCGCACGAGGGCGUACCCCCACGCCUUCAUCAUGCCUGAGCAUAAGAUGGGCGGAGCGUACAACUACAUGACGUACAUAAUGUUUGACAACAUAUUCUGGAAGGCCAUUGCGCACCAGGUCAACCGUUGGCGCAACCAGACUCUGGGCCUGCCGAGCACCGGCAUGGAGAAGAUGCAGCCCAAUAAGGUGCCCUUCCUCUACAACUUCUCCCCCAGCGUCGUCACCCCUCCUCUCGACUUCUCCGACUGGAUCAGGGUCACGGGAUACUGGUUCCUGGAUGAGGGUGACAAGUAUGAGCCUCCCCAGGCGCUCCUGGACUUUAUCAAAAAGGCCCGUGACGAUGGAAAGAAGCUUGUAUACGUUGGGUUCGGAUCCAUCAUCGUCGAUGACCCUGCCAAGAUGACACGAGAGGUUAUUGACGCCGUCCUCAAGGCGGACGUGCGUUGCAUCCUGUCCAAGGGCUGGUCCGAACGGAUAUCCGUAGCGGCGGCCGAGGCGGAAGUGAAGGGAGAGGCGGGAGAAGCGGGCGACGGAAACAGAAACUGUGCUCGCGAGCCAGAGCCAGAGAUGCCUCCCGAGAUCCACGUCAUCAAGUCGGCACCGCACGACUGGCUGUUUAGCCGCAUCGACGCCGCUGCCCACCACGGCGGAUCGGGGACGACGGGCGCCAGCCUGAGAGCGGGAAUCCCGACCAUCAUCCGACCCUUCUUCGGCGACCAGUACUUCUUUGCCAACAGGGUCGAGGACCUGGGCGUCGGCGUGCACCUGAGGAAGUGGGGGACCACUGCCUUUGGCCGGGCGCUGUGGGAGGCGACGCGCAACCACCGUAUGAUUGUCAAGGCGAGGGUCCUCGGUGAGGAGAUUCGCAAGGAAAACGGGGUCGACAUGGCCAUUCAAUGCAUAUACCGCGACCUCGAGUAUGCCAAGAGGCUCAUCAUGCUCAAGGCUGGGAAGAAUGCCGACCCAGCUAGACAGGAGGACGACGGGGACGAGAACGAGGAGAGCUGGACGUUUGUCGGUUCUGAUGAGCCCAACCCAGACCUCGUCACUCCCAAGCUCAGCGAAGCACUUCUUGCCCAAGCGCAGGUCAAUACGACGGCGACAGCGACGACAGCAACAACACCAACCACAGCGGCAACAGCGACGACGAAUGCAGUGCCAGUUUCGCGUCAGGAAGCAUAG